AUCAAACAAAUUGGGACGAAAUACAAUGCAAGAAAAAAAUACUAGUUAGUGUGCUUAACAGAUGAAAUAUAAAUGGGAUUUUUGAUUUAUUUGGGCUUAAAUAUAUUUAAUUAUAUUUACUUCAUAUUUUUAGGUUCAGAUCAAGGCCCAAUAUGUUUGGGUUCAUUAGCAUAAACAAUGUUCCGAGUUUCAAAUACGAAAUAUACAACAGUGGGUUAACAAGGGUGAGACUUAUGUAAAGUUCAUAUGGUGGAGCAUCAUGAAAACAACUAACAACAUUUUUUUUUUUUUGUCAGCAAACAACUAACAACUAUGUAAGAUGUAACAGAAACUUUUAUAUUGAACAAAAAAAUUAAAUGAAUCAGUAACGAGAUAAGCUAAGAAAUGAUAGGUUUUUUUUCAUCAUCAAGAAAGAGAGUAACACAAGCACCAGUGGUCUAGUGGUAGAAUAGUACCCUGCCACGGUACAGACCCGGGUUCGAUUCUCGGCUGGUGCAAUUUUUUUAUUUUUAAAAUUCCUCGAGAGCUAUUUAAAUUGAAGGUCAGCGAACUGUAUGAUACUAUUAUAUCUUUCGCUGUCAAAUUUAGUUAUUUUGUAUGCUACAUCGUAUAUCACCAUAUCUUGAACUCAAAUAAAGAUUGAUGGCAUUCUCAAAGUCAAUGCUUAACAACAAAAUGGACCGUGUACAUCUUCUCCUCCUCCUCCUCUUCGUCUCCGCCGCCGUCGCAACAUGGCCAAAUAAACCUCAUGCAUUAAUCCAAACGGUGAUCAAAGACCCAAUCACCAAUCUGUACUUCACCUCCAUCGACAUAGGAACCAACAUCACCGUCUCCGUCAGCUUCGUCAUCGACCUAUCUCAACCUUACACCUGGUUAGACUGCUUCUCCGGCUACUCUUCCUCUUCUUAUACUCCGAUAGAUUUUGACUCCCCCAAAUGCAAUCUCCACAAGCUCACACGCCCUCUCAAUGUACCCACACCAGAUUGGUGUGUCUGCUCCGGCGCCGGAGAAAAAGUCAAACCAGGAUGCUCCGACCAUCCUUGUGGGAUAAAACCGUACAACCCCGUGGAUAACACGUCACGUGCUGGAUCCUUAAGUGAGGAUGUAAUGUUCUUCUACUCUACACCUGACGGCUUAAGCUUCGGAUCUAGAUUCCAGUCUCCGCCGGUGACAUUCGCCUGCGUCGGCCGGAGAAGCUUCGAGGGGUUUCCUUCGGAAGCUCAGGGGUUGCUUAGUCUGUCAAGAAACGCACUUUCUCUCCCGUCGCAGCUCUCUUCCAAAUUCGCGCUCUGUUUGCCUUCUAAAACAGAGGACUCUGGUUUUGGAGAUCUUUUCAUCGGCGGUGGUCCGUACUUCCUCCCGCCGUACCACGACGACGCUUCUCGUCUCUUCACCACCGUAUCUCUAAUCACUGACAAAGCCUCAGAUGAAUACUUCUUCGAAGUCAAAUCAAUCGAAAUCGAUGGAAAGGUGGUUCCUUUAGAGAAUUCGAUACUCUCUAAGCUCAGCACCGUGACUCCUUUCACCGUUCUGCAUCGUUCGAUUUUCGAACGUUUUGUUAAAGAGUUCAAGGCAAAGGCCAAGGCGAAGAAGAUGGUCGAAGCAGAGACUGUGGUGGCUCCUUUCGAGGUAUGUUAUAGAGUGAAGAAGGGGUUUAAAAUGGAAGAUGUUCCAGUGAUUGAUCUAACGGUGGGGAGCGGUGGCGGGAGAUGGAGGAUCUACGGCUGGAAUUCAAUGGUGGUUGUGAAGGAGAAAGGUGCGAUGUGUUUGGCGUUUGUGGAAGGAGGAGAGAUGAUGGUGAUUGGAGGGUUUCAGAUGGAGGAUAACUUGGUGGAGAUUGAUCUUCAGUUAUCGAAGCUUUGUUUCACUUCUUCUCUUCGUCGACACAACACUUCUUGUUCUCGUUUUAGACCAGUUGCAACAGAUUGGUGUCUUAAAGACAACAAUUCGUGUGGAUCGGUCAUAUGUUGUUAAACUGUUUUGAGAUUAUUUUACAUUUCUUCUUGAA